AUGGCUACAACAGCAAUGAACGCUGUCAACGGGUGGCACCCAGGCGAGCUAUCGAUUCAGCGCAAGCUGGGAUUUGCCAGUGCCAUCGCCGAUAGCUGGUCGCUUAUCACUAACUACUUGCCUGAGCAGCACCGCCUCUUUCACACUUCUAAGCUCCCUUUCAUCCCUAUCGCCACUCUUGAUGAAUAUGGCCGGCCCUGGGCAUCUAUUGUCGCUGGAUCAUCGGGCGAUAUUGGUUUCGUGAAAAGUCCAAAUGCACGAGCUCUUUCUAUGAACGUUCGAAUGUGGGAUGGUGAUCCACUUUUGGAUACAAUCAAAGCCUGGCUCGAAGAGGAACAAAAGGAAGCCCCCGGGAGAUUCUUGACGGCCGGUUUGGGGAUUGAAUUUUCAACGCGAAGGCGUAACAAGUUCGCAGGAGGUAUACGUAAUGUGAAGCGUCGGACAAAUUUGGAGUACCAGAUUGACUUUGAAAUCAUCGAGGCUAUAGGAAACUGUCCAAAAUACAUCAAUAUCCGCAAGCUCAUUCCAUAUCCGCACACAAAACCUGAGGUUGUGUGUCAGCGUCAAAAUCUGUCGGCACAGGAACGUCUACCAGAAGAAGUGAUCCAAUUCAUUCUCGAUGCAGACACAAUUUUCAUCGGAACUAUCUUCAACUCAAAAGCCUCGACGUCAAAGAUGUAUCCAUCACAUGCAGGCAUGAAUGCCCGAAGUGGCUUGCCAGGUUUUAUCCGUGUCAGCCCAUCCAAUGGCCGCACUGUGAUCAUCCCCGACUAUUCAGGAAACCGAUUUGUCUCCAGCCUGGGCAAUAUUGAAGCCAGCGGACUGGCGGGGCUGACGAUAGUGUCUUUCACCACGGGUGAUAUUCUUUACUUGACGGGCACAGCCGAGAACAUUGUCGGUCCCCCUGCUCUGAAAAUCUUGACUAGACAUGCCAGUCUCACCUCGGUCAAUAUUACGGGUUUUGUGUUUGUGAGGGACGCUCUCCCUGUUCGGCAGCAGAGUGGUACCGUCGUGGAGCGCAGUCCGUACAGUCCCAAGGUCAAAUACCUGGUGGACGAGGCGGGAUCACAAGUGGGUGGUGCUCAGCAGCAUAAAGCAAAGCUUCAAGAGGCAAUACAGAUCUCUCACGAUCUUGCUGUUUUCAAAUUCAAAGUUGCUUCAGAGGUUGGCGCCGAUGACCUGAAUAUUCGGCCCGGACAAGCGAUCGUACUUGACUUUAUGGAUUGGAUAGGCCCGCCUCAGUAUCAGCACAUGGCGAAUUCAGCCCCUGGGUCGAUCAACGACGAUCGAGUUCGUACCUGGACAGUUUCAAGUGCCCACGAGCAGAGAAACGCCACCUGCUUUGAGUUAACCAUGCGUGAGUUGAAGGGAGGCGCGGUAACAGGUGCAUUGUUUGACCAACUGAGAAAACACAAUUCAACCAAGCAGGGUCAAGCUAUCUUGUUCGAUACGCCUAUUUCUGCGGACAUAGUUGGCGUCACAGGGGAUUUCUGCAUGGGCCAGGGCAAGCUCAAUCUGCUCCUCAUAGCUGGUGGAAUUGGUAUAACACCAUUCCUAGCUAUGCUGAGCGCACUGGCUGAGCGUGGUUCCAGGAUUGAUGGCGAUAUCGCGCUUGUUCUAUCCACUAGAGAGCCUGAGAUUAUGGUCGGGUUGAUGAAGUCAGCUCUUGAGAAGAUGCCAGCGACAGUCAAGAUCAGGAUUGACAUAUUCUCCCAUACUUUCAAAGUUGACGUCGGAUAUCUCAAUACGCCGUCUCGGGAGAUUACCAUGCACGAAGGUCGUGUCGUUUCACAGAUCUGGAAACGAUUCCCUCGGGAUAAAGAGGUCUUUAUUUGUGGGCCCAAUGCCUUCGGAGAUUCUGCUACUGAUGGACUACGAGCUGCUGGGUUUCCACUGACCCAAAUUCAUAGGGAAGGGUUUUAUUAG